AUGACAUCCCACCAGGACGCAAAACCCUCGAAACCAUUCUUCCCUUUUACCAUCCCGAAACUGCAUCAAAGUACCGAUCUCCCCACUUGGUACGCUCACAACUCUUACAUCCAAACCGCAUACCGCCCCAUCACAAAAUCCACGCGCCUCUGCCUCCAAAGUCUUACUUAUCUCCACAACGAAACAAUCAACAUCUACUCGCACCUGCUCCCCGCGGCCCUCAGUCUCCUCUUCAGCCACUCCUUCAGCACCUCUUUUGCGGAACAGUUUCCGCACGCGACGUGGAAGGAUGAAGUCAUGUUCCGCGUGUUUCUCAGCACGUGUGUCAUUUGCUUUGGCACGUCGGCGGCGUAUCAUACGCUGAUAUGCCACUCACGUGCGUUUGCGCAGCUCUGGGUACGACUCGAUUUUGUGGGUAUUGUCGUGCAGAUUAUAGGGUCGUUUAUCCCCGGGAUUUAUUUUGCGUUUUAUUGUGAGCCCCGGCUGCAGAAGAUUUAUUGGAGUAUGAUUAUUACGCUGGGAAUUCUGACUGCGACCAUUGUUCUUAGUCCGGGUUUGCAGGACCCAAAGUGGAAGUAUUUACGCCUGUCGACGUUUGUUGCUAUGGGGUUAUCUGCCUUUGCGCCGAUUAUCCAUGCUGCUAGUCUUUUCCCUUACUCCCAGCUCGACCAGCAAUCUGGCUUACGCUACUACUUCCUCGAGGGCGUUUUGAUCCUCGUCGGAGUUGGGUUUUAUGCAGCUCAUUUCCCAGAAUCCUGGAAACCAAAGCGAUACGACGUUUGCGGCGCGUCGCACCAAAUUUUCCACAUCGCUGUCGUUCUGGGCGCUGUAGCGCAUUAUUACGGUAUUAUGAGCGCGUUAGAGUGGAACUAUGCCAAUCAACGCUGUGCGUGGUGA